GUGUAACAAAACGUAAAGUAAAUUUGGAUAAAUCUUGGUAAAAUCUAGAGUAGAGAAUAAAUUCUUUCAGAUCAUAUUAUCUAGAUAUUAAGAUGAAAAUACAAUAUUUUGGUUAUAUGCGUAAUGCGCACAUCCGACAUGUAAUUGCUUAGUGUAUAUUGACGUGUAUAUUUAAUUACUUUUUUUUAUGUAUACGUAAAAAUACUUAAUUAUUAAUAUAUAAAUAAACUAAAGUAACGAUUUAAAUAAAAAUGACAUGGAAGCGCAUCAAGAAACAUUUAGGAGUAGCUAUUUACAAUUUUGGCAAGGAAGGAUUUUGUGCCUUACCUUUAACGGUUGGAGAAGUUGUGCAAAUUUAUGAAGAGUAUGGUGAAUGGUAUUAUGGCCGUAAAAAGAUUAAGGGUACAAUUGGAAUUUUUCCUAAAUCAUACAUACAUGUCUUAAAUAAUCAAAAUAAUAUAGAUACAUUAAUACAUGAGAUAACUAGUGUUUUAAGAGAAUGGGGUCAUCAUUGGAAACAUUUAUAUGUGAUACAUUCUAACCAUUUUAAAGCAAUACAAGAACAAAUUUUGACAUUAAUAGGAUAUAGAAGUAAAAUUUUACAAGGCACUUUAACAAUAGAUGAGUUGAAGGAUCUUAAAAGAUUAGCAACUGCUAAAAUAGAUACUGGUAAUCAACUUUUAAACUUGGACAUGGUUGUAAGAGAUGAUCAAGGGAAUGUUAUGAAUCCAGAAAAUACAAGUACUAUUCAGUUGUAUUAUCAUCACGAAACAGCUGCCGAAAGAAUCAGAAAAGCUACUAAUGAAACCAAGAAAAAAUCUUUAAAAGCUCAAACACCUGUAUAUUCUCACAUUUUCUUUGUCAGUGUAAAAAACUUUGUUUGUAAAAUGGUAGAAGAUGUAGAAUUACUUUUAACCUUAUAUGAUGGUAGAGAAAUGAAAGCUAUCACAGAAAAUUAUGUUGUUUCUUGGAGUAAAGAAGGACUCGCCAGAGACAUUGAUCAGUUACAUAAUCUUCGAGUAUUAUUUACUGAUCUAGGAUCUAGAGAUUUAGCUAGAGAUAAAGUUUAUUUAGCUUGUUAUGUUAUUAGAGUUGGAGGUAUGGAAGCCAAAGAAGUAGAUCAUCGUCGUUCAAGUAUUGCACAAAAUAAUCAGAAAGUUAUUAAAAAUAAUGAAAGUAUGCGAAGGCCAUUUGGUGUCGCUGCUAUGGAUAUUACAUUAUACAUUACAGGUAAAUUAGAAGGAGAUGUUGAACAUCAUCACUUCAUUCCAUUUGUACAAUGUUGUGAGAAGGAAAGUUUAGAUGGUACUUUACGUAGAAUUAUCGCACAAAAAGAUACUAACAUUCAAAAAAGUGGAGGAAAUAGUAACAACAACUUUGGCGGUGGGCAAGGAUUAUGGGCAAGUUUGAAAUUACUUAGAGGAGAUGUAAAACAAGUACGAGAUGAAAAUCCUCACUUGGUACUUGGAAAUGUUGCUAUUGCUAGAAAAAUGGGUUUUCCAGAAGUAAUUCUGCCAGGUGAUGUAAGAAAUGACCUUUAUCUGACUUUAAUUAGUGGUGAAUUUAGUAGAGGAGCAAAGUCUACUGAUAAAAAUGUAGAAGUUACGGUUAAAGUCUGCAACGAGUGUGGCACUCCUAUUCCAGGUGUCAUAACUUUAGGAGGUGGAACUACGGCAAUUGAUGAAUAUCAUAGCGUUAUAUAUUAUCAUGAAGAUAAACCUAGAUGGUGCGAAACGUUUAAAAUUGCUAUACCAAUAGACGAAUUCAAACAAGCACAUUUGAAAUUUACAUUCAAACAUCGAAGUUCUAAUGAAGCCAAAGAUAAAUCAGAAAAACCAUUUGCAUUGAGUUAUGUCAGAUUAAUGCAGCGCAAUGGUACAACGCUUCAAGAUAUUCAACAUGAAUUGUUAGUCUAUAAAUUAGAUCAAAAGAAAUAUGAGGAAAAGGAUAUAUCAUAUUUAAAAUUACCUUCAACACGGAUAGAAUUAUUUAAAUUGCAUACAGAAAAGAAACCAACUUUGGGUUCAUUGACAUUAAGCAAUAAAGAUAAUUUUUUAAUAGUAACAAAUGUUUGCUCUACAAAAUUAACACAAAAUGUUGAUUUAUUGGGCUUGCUUAAUUGGGCAUCUCAUAAUACUGAUUUAAAAGAGUCUUUAGCUGCUCUGAUGAAAGUAGAUGGCGAAGAAAUAGUGAAAUUUUUACAAGACGUUUUAGAUGCCUUAUUCAAUAUCUUGAUGAGUAACUCGGAUAGUGAUGUUUAUGAUGACAUGGUCUUUGAAUGUCUUCUAUACAUCAUUGGACUCGUAUCUGAUAGAAAAUAUCAACAUUUUCAACCAAUAUUAGAUUUAUAUAUUUCUGAAAGCUUCUCUGCAACUCUUGCCUACAAAAAGUUAAUUGCAGUUUUACGAAAACGUAUAGAUGGUGCUAGUACAUCUGAUGGACAAGAACGUGAUUUGUUACUAAAAACAAUGAAAAGUUUGCAAUAUUGCAUGAGAUUUAUUGUAGAAUCUCGUCUUCUGUUUACUGAGCUUAAUCACGAUGAAGAAGAAUUUUCACAAACUUUAACAGAAUUGUUACAUUCUAUUGUUGAGCUUAUGAGACAUAAUACAGAUGCAACUUUAUUGGUUCAAGGAGCAUGCUUAAAAUAUUUACCAACAACAAUACCUCAUUUAUUACGUGUUUAUAGUGGCACGCAAUUAAGUAUAAUAUUAACGGAAUUAUUGACGACUUUACCAGCUGGAAGAUUGACAAAACAAAAAAUGAUGACAGUAAAUGAUAUUGUACAUAGCCCACUUUUUUUAGAUGUGGAUUGCAGAGGUAUUUUGCUGUCAAAAAUCAUUGUUCUUGUUCGCGAUCUAUUAGAAGCAAAAGAAGAGGUAGAAUUAUGUAUUAAAAUAUUAUCAGAUAUUUUGGAAUUAACAUUCAGAAAGGACAUAGGUUCUACAAUAGCUGAUGUUAAAGAAAUCAUGAUGACAGCUUUGAGAACUAUUAUACAAACUGUCAUAUCAAUGGAUAGAGAAAAUCCAUUAGUCGGAAACUUAGUGUCUGUUAUGUUAGCAAUAUUCAGACAAAUGACACAGCAUCAUUAUGAAGUUUAUAUAAAUCAUUUUGGAACGAAAUUUGAUUUACUCGAUUUUUUAAUGGAGAUAUUACUAGUAUUCAAAGAUUUGGUUUCAAGAUCUGUAUUUCCAGGAGAUUGGUGUGAAAUGAUAAUGCUUCAAAAUAGUGUAAUUCUAAAAUCAUUACGCUAUUUUUCUGGCACCAUUAGAGAUUACUUCUUCACAGAGUUUGAAAAUCAAGCAUGGUCCAAUUUCUUUCAUUGCGCAAUUGCUUUUCUGACUCAACCAGCUCUUCAACUUGAAACAUUUUCACCAGCGAAACGUAAUCGAAUUAUUAUGCGUUACAAUGAUAUGCGCAGAGAAACAGCGUUUGAAAUUCGAUCAAUGUGGUUCAAUUUGGGUCAACAUAAAAUACAGUUUGUUCCUGCUUUAGUUGGUGCGAUAUUAGAAAUGGCUUUAAUUCCAGAAACUGAAUUAAGAAGAGCUACCAUACCUAUAUUUUUUGAUAUGAUGCAAUGUGAAUUUUAUAGUUCACGCAUUGUUGAAGGAUACGGCGAUACAAAACGUGAUCCUGCGCACAUUAAAGCUAAUUUUAUGGAAUAUGAAAAUGAAAUGAUUGCAAAAUUGGAUAUCCUGGUAGAGGGAGGAAGGGGAGAUGAACAAUUUCGUAAAUUAUGGAUACAAGUAAUGUAUUCACUUUGCGAAGAUCACUCAACGAUGCGAGAACAAGGCUUACGAUUUGUAGAUACUAUUGCAAAAUUAAUGGAACGAUUAUUACAAUAUCGUGAUAUUAUUCAUGCAGAAUCUCAGGAACAUCGAAUGCUUUGUACCGUUAAUUUAUUAGAAUUUUAUUCUGAAAUAAAUAGAAAGGAAAUGUAUAUCAGGUAUGUCAACAAAUUGUGUGAACUUCACUUAGAAUGUGAUAAUUACACAGAAGCAGCAUAUACAUUGAAACUUCAUAGUCAAUUAUUAGCUUGGAGUGAUCAACCUUUACCACCACUUUUAAUAUCUCAUAGAUAUCCAUCAUGUCAAACUCAUAGAGAAUUGAAAGAAGCUUUAUAUAAUGAUAUGAUUGAAUAUUUUGAUAAAGGAAAAAUGUGGGAAUGUGCUCUUAGUGUUUGCAAAGAAUUAGUUAGUCAAUACGAAGAAGAAACAUUUGAUUAUUUGCAAUUGUCCAUUUUAUUGAGACGAAUGGCCAAAUUUUAUGAUUGUAUAGUAAAACAAUUAAGACCUGAGCCGGAAUAUUUCAGGGUUGCUUAUUAUGGUCGUGGACAUCCUCCUUUCCUUCAAAAUAAAGUUUUCGUUUAUCGCGGGAAAGAAUAUGAACGACUUAGUGAUUUUUCUUCAAGAACACUUAAUCAGUUACCAAAUGCAGAACAAAUGAACAAAUUGUCUCCACCAACCGUUGAUAUUUUAGAAUCUAGUCAUCAGUAUGUUCAAAUUAAUAAAGUAGAACCAUUAAUGGAUGAGAAAAAACAUCGUUUGAGUGGAAAACCUGUAACAGCUGAUGCAGUUUUGAGGUAUCAUCGAGUAAAUGAUGUCCAGCGUUUUCGGUUUUCAAGACCAAGAAAAGAUUUUGUUAAUACAAAUUCUAAUAUCGGUGAUAAGGAAAAGGAUGGAGGAAGUAUUAAUAAUAAUGAAUUUGCUUCAUUAUGGCUGGAAAGAACUGUUCUCGUUACAAGCCAUCCAUUACCAGGAAUUCUUAGAUGGUUUCCUGUUAUUUCUAGUGAAACUUAUUUAGUAAGCCCACUUCGUAAUGCAAUAGAAACUAUGGAAGCUACAAAUACAGCACUUAGAGAUCUCAUAGUUGCACAUAGAACCGAUCCUAGUCUUCCAGUAAAUCCUUUAAGUAUGAAAUUAAAUGGAGUAUUGGAUCCUGCAGUAAUGGGUGGCAUUGAUAAUUAUGAGAAAGCUUUUCUCAAUGUUGAUUACAAAGAAUCCCAUUCGGAUGAAAGUUCAGAUUUGCUUAAAUUGGAAAGUCUGAUAGCGGAACAAAUUCCACUUUUAGGUGUUGGUGUACAGAUACAUAAAACUCGUGCACCUCCUGAACUAACUCCAUUUCAUCAGAGGUUGGAACAAUGUUUUAUGUCUAUGAAAAGUCAAGUAGAAGCUAAAUAUGGUAAAAGAACAUGUGAUCUUCAAAUUGAAACUAUGACACAAGGAGUAAUUAUGCGAAGAGCACAAACAUUCAGAAAUGAAAGUUAUUCUUUGUCUGAAACUAACAUAAAUAGUACAGAGACCAGUUCAUUACGUUCACAUAUUUUAUCAUCAGCUUCGUUGCAAAAGGCAUUAGGGAAUCCAAGUCCUGGUACAAACAAAAAGAAGGAAUCUAAGAGAAGAAGUGCACGUAAAAGCGACUCAUCUGGAGUAACAAAAAAUGAUCAGCCUACAAGUCAAUGGUAUACUAUACCUACUGAAAUCUCACAGAUUAGUAUGGCUGUAUCGACUACGUCGUUAGUACCAAGCUUCCCUAGUACCCCGAUAUUCGAACUUCGCCAAGAGCUAACUUCAAAACGACCAUUAAGAUCGGAAGUGGAAAAAGAACGAAGAAUAAGUAAUCGUUGGUCAGGUCAAUCGCAACAUUAUUUAAGAAAUACGCAUAAUGGUUCUGAGGCAAAUGUCUUUGGAAGGGAAAAUAAUAGAGAUAGCGUUGGUACAACCGAUAGCACUGCUUCAGAAGAUGAUGCACCUCCACCCCUCCCUAUGAAAACUCGUGAGGCCGAUUAUUGCAAUUUGCCAGAAGAAUUUAAUGAUCAUCGUAUCUCAUCAAUAAUGGAAAAUUCAAACAAUAUAAACAGAUCGUUUGGACAGUGGAUAAAGAAUAAACUUCCAACGCCUACUGAUGAUGACAUUGAAAGUCAAGCUAAGCCACCGACUCCACCACCAAAACCAAAAAGACCUGCUCAUGGAUUAAAGAAUAUUGUGCUUUCAUCAAGUACGAUAGAAAAUUAUGUUCAAGACAGUUCUUCAGCAUGACAUAUUUAUGUACGUUAUUUUUAUUUUCUUCUUCUUUAUACUUAUCUGCAUGCUAAUGAUUGCAUACAGUAUAUACAAAAUAAUAUUGUAAUAUCUCCCUAGAUUUGAAGCUUAUCACAAACGUAAACAAUUACUAUUCACAGUAAGUUUUUUUUUUUAAUACUUAAUAUAAAAUCAUUGCAUAGUCACAAACAUCUAGUAUUUCAUCUAUAACUAUAAUAUAGAGAUGAUCUAGGGAAAUCUAAAAAGAUAAAAUAAAAAAAAAAAAUAAAUAAAAAG